AGAGAGGCGCGACGAAAGAGGACAAACAAGUUAAGCCAGUCUCAUUUGAUAUCUCGGAGGAGAUACUUGUGUUUUUGCUCUUUCAAUAACUCUAAAUUAAUCAGCCAUGGUCAAAAUACAUAAUUUCGGUGCUGGUCCCGCAAAAUUACCAGAAGAAGUGUACGACAUCAUCAAGAAGGAACUUACAAAUUACGAAAACUCAGGAAUAAGUUUAUUGGAAACAAGCCACCGCACCCCCACCUAUUUAAAUUUAAACACAGAAAUUCAAACUGUAGUGAGGAGAUUACUGAACGUGCCAGCGAAUUACAAAAUUCUGUUUCUGUCUGGAGGUGGACAAGGAGAAUUUGCUGCAGUCCCUCUUAAUUUGAUUUCUCGGACAGGAACCGCCGACUAUGUUGUCACGGGCGCGUGGUCAGCAAAGGCCGCUAAAGAAGCUAAGAAGUAUGGAAAAGUGAACAUCGUGACGCUUCCUACAGACCGUUACACAGAAAUCCCUGAUCAGUCGCAAUGGAAGCUGGACCCCAACGCUUCUUAUGUCCAUAUCUGCACAAAUGAGACUAUACAUGGUAUUGAAUUCGACUUUAUCCCUGACACAAAAGGAGUGCCCCUAGUGGCUGACAUGUCCUCAAACUUCAUGUCCAAGAAAGUAGAUGUUUCAAAGUUUGGUGUUAUCUACGGAGGCGCUCAAAAGAACAUUGGCACAUCAGGUGUAGCUCUCGUGAUCGUCAGGGAAGAUCUCCUCAACCAGGCUCUCCCGAUAUGCCCCUCCAUCCUUGACUGGACCGUCAACGCUAAGGCUGACUCCAUCUUGAACACGCCACCUAUGUUCGCUAUCUACAUAAUGGGCAGAGUACUCCAAUGGAUCGAAAGGCAAGGUGGCCUCGACAAAAUGGCCGAGCUAGCCACAAAGAAAUCUUCCCUCAUCUACAACAUCAUCGAAGAGUCCAACGGUUUCUACUACGCCCCUGUAGCCAAGAAGGAUAGGAGCAAAAUGAACAUCCCAUUCAGAAUUGGCUCGCCAACACCUAAUGAUGCUUUGGAGAAGGAGUUCUUGAGGGCUGAGGCUUUAGGACUGAUUCAGCUUAAGGGACAUAGGGAUGUCGGCGGAAUUCGCGCGUCAACUUACAAUGCUGUCACUGUGGAAGAAGUAGAGGCUUUAGCGAAGUACAUGAAGGAGUUCUACAAUAAACACUCCAAGUAAAUAUAAGUAGUUAUUAGAGUACUGUAAGGUACGUUGAUAGUAUUUUUCAUAUUAUCUUUUGUAUUUAGAGUAUGUUAUUGAUUGGCUGUGUAAUGUUUUGAAUAAAUUUUCUCGUUAAUUCGA